CAUGGUUAAAAAUAGUAGUAUAAAUUGGAACUACGGUAAUCUUUUUGUGUUUUUAAUUGUUGCAAUUGGUGUCAAUUGACUUUUUUAUACGAAAUUUUUAGCCAGAUUCUGUCAGCGAGUUCUUUUUGUCAGUGUAUGGACCGGGAAGUGUGAAGCCUAUUAUCGUAUUGAGCGCGACAAGCCGCGGCUCCUCACGAUAUCGAUGUUGAGAGUCGAACGGAAACCCGAGUUUCGAUUUGAUUGUGACACUGUUUCAGAAAUAACAGAAACUGACACGAAGCGGAUCGGUAGAACGUUACGGGAUACGGUUUUAAAUUCCUUCGGGUAGUGAAAGUGUAUCUAAAGAUCAAGGCCUCGAAACCCCUCCCAGUUCGGUGGGUAGUGCUCUCGGUUUCAACCCCUCCAUGUCGAUAAUAACCUGUUUCGCCAAUCUCUCACAGCUGGGAGAAGGUAGACUUGGACUUAGACUGUUAGACAACCGUGGCAGUCACCCGGAGAUCGUGUAGCGGAUUCGUACGGUUUCUUACAUUCCUUUCUAUCGCUUUCGUGUUUUAUCGCGACCGUCAAACCAUGAGCGACAUAGAGGAUUACCGCCGGCACCUCGCCAACUACGGACAGGAACACGUUCUGCAGUUCUGGGACGAUCUGAGUCAGGACGACAGAGACGAGUUUUUCCAGGAGAUAAAGGACAUCGACGUGCCGGAAGUCCUAGGCUAUUUUAAGAAAGCAGUGGAAGGGCGAGAUGAGAGCAAAGCGAAGAUCGACGACCGGCUGAUGCCCAUCCCUCCCGGCUUGUACGGCGCCGUGUCCAGGACGCCGAAGGCCCUCCUCCAAAGUUACGAGGAAGAAGGCCUACUGCAGAUCGCCGAAGGGAGAGUCGGCGUCCUGCUGAUGGCAGGAGGCCAGGGUACCAGGCUCGGCUCCACCGACCCCAAAGGCAUGUACGACGUCGGUUUACCCUCUCACAAAUCCCUCUAUCAGAUCCAAGCUGAGAGGAUAAGAAAACUUGCAUCAAUGGCAGAGGAGAAAUACGGUAAAAAGUGUGUCAUCACGUGGUUCGUCAUGACCAGCGAGCACACAUUAGCGCCGACGAUCGAGUUCUUCACCAAGAACCGAUAUUUCGGCUUGGACAAAAACAAUAUAAUUAUAUUCGAACAAGGACUCCUACCUUGUUUCACCUUCGACGGUAAGUUCAUACUCGACAAGCCGAAUAAGAUAUCGCAAGCUCCCGACGGAAACGGUGGGAUCUACAGGGCGCUCAGGGACAGAAAAAUUCUAAAUAUCAUCGAAAACAGGGGUAUCAAGUAUCUACACGCGCACAGUGUGGACAACAUACUUGUGAAAGUGGCCGAUCCGGUUUUUAUCGGCUACUGUGUCAAAAAGGGUGCCGAGUGCGGCGCCAAAGUAGUGGAGAAGGCGUAUCCUACGGAGGCGUUGGGUGUGCUCUGCAGCGUCGACGGGAAGUAUCAGGUCGUCGAGUACAGCGAGAUCACCCUGGAAACCGCCGAGAAGAGGAACAACGACGGAAAGCUGACCUUCUCUGCCGGCAACGUCUGCAAUCACUUCUUCACCGCGGAGUUCCUCAGGAAGGUCGCAGAUAACUUCGAGAAGGCCCUCAAAAUCCACGUGGCCGAGAAGAAAAUCCCGUACGUCGACGCAGAAGGCAAGAGGCGCAAGCCGGAGAAGAACAACGGCAUCAAGCUGGAAAAGUUCGUCUUCGACGUCUUCCAGUUCUCGGACAACCUCGUCGUCUGGGAGGUGGACCGAGAGGAAGAGUUCAGCGCUGUCAAGAACGGCGAAGGAGCUGCCAAAGACACGCCCAUCACCGCGAGAAAAGACGUCUUCGCACUCCACAGAAAACUCGUAGAACGGGCCGGAGGCCGUUUCGACACCCAAGGGCCGGUUGUCGUUGAAAUCUCACCACUUUUGUCCUACGCCGGCGAAGAACUCGAACGUAUUGUCAAGGGCAAAACUUUUUCCUCGCCUUUACAUUUGACUGCUCCUAACGAAAAUCUUCCCUUCAAACAUCGACUCUGAAGAAACUUAGAUUAAAAUAUUAAAAA